AUGGACGCGACGAUAGGGAAGUUCAUCGAUUCCGUCUCCGACUUCUUCUCCGGUGCUGCCUCUACCUCCGCCGAUCAGCUCCCUUUGUGCGACACCGACAUCAUCUCGGGAUGUGAGAAAGAGUAUGCAGAGGCUCAGAAAGGCCAAGACGAAGGACUUAAGAAGGAAUGCAUCAUGCGCUUAUCAUGGGCUCUUGUUCAUUCAAAGAUACCAGUGGAUGUACAACGUGGGAUAGCUAUGCUUGAAGCUUCUGUGGUUAAUGAUACAAGUCCAAUGAAACUAAGGGAGAAGCUAUAUCUACUUGCUGUUGGGUACUAUCGAACCAGUGACUUCUCGAGAAGCCGGGAUUGUAUAGAACGGUGUUUGGAGGUUGAACCGGAGUGGAGACAAGCUCAGGCACUGAAAAAGGCUAUAGAGGACCGUAUUGUGAAAGAUGGUGUUAUUGGCGUUGGAAUUGCUGUUACUGCGGUUGGGAUUGUUGCUGGCAUUGCUGCAUCCUUAAUACGCAGAGGCUGA